UAAGAUGGCGAUGAAAACGAUAAUAAUUGUAACCUCUAAUGUAACCAACGAAUGAUGCUAACUUUACUCAACAAAAAAGUCCGGCUGCAGCGUGUCGCUAACUGGCAAUAGUUUGAGUAGCUCGAAAAAUGGUCAAGUUAACACCGGAUUUGAUCCAGCAAUCAAUGCAAUAUAUUAACCCUGUACGAGACAGAGAACUAGAUCUCAGAGGGUACAAAAUUCCAACAAUUGAAAAUCUCGGGGCUACUUUGGACCAAUUUGAUACGAUAGACUUUUCCGACAAUGAUAUUCGCAAGUUGGACGGUUUUCCAUUGUUAAAAAGAUUAAAAACUUUGUUCUUCAACAACAACAGAAUCGUGAGAAUAGCAGAGGGAUUAGAACAUUGCAUUCCUGCACUCGAAGUCCUCAUGCUAACGGGUAACAUGAUCCAAGAGCUUGGAGAUUUGGACCCAUUAAUACCCUUGAAGAAUUUGCAGAAUUUGUGCCUUCUGCAAAAUCCUGUUUCUGCUAAGCCGCAGUAUAGACAGUAUGUCAUUUAUAGACUCCCACAGUUGCGUCUACUUGACUUUAGAAAGAUCAAGCAAAAGGAACGUGAAGCUGCCAUUGCCUACUUCAGAUCCUCAAAAGGCAAGGAUAUGGCUCGUGAAAUUGCCAAGAAAGCUAAAACUUCAGUUGCAGCCAAUGGUACUCUGAGUAAACCACCAACUAAUGCGGAUGAGCGUUCAAAGAUUAGAGAAGCUAUUACAAAAGCGUCAUCGCUGGAGGAAGUACAGCGACUCAGCAAAUUACUCCAAGCUGGACAAAUACCUGGCAGUGAAACACCGCAAAAUGGUGCUCCUCAACCAACUCCAAUGGAGGAGGAGGACGACGAUUGAACCUGAAGUAGAUCGAGAUCUUGAACGAUGUUCACCAAAGUAUUAACUAAGAUUUUUUGUAAGUUUCCAGCAUAUUUCCUUGUAAGUAUGUGACAGAUGCAAAGGAGGAUGCUUGGAGCAUGGAUGGAAAAUGAUGAAACAAGUUAUUAAGAUGAUAAGAAACUGUACACUACACAAAAUGCAGUUUUAUUUCUCUAAAUGUAUAAACACGAGUAUGACGUUUUCAGAAAUAAAGUGGUCCUUAAUCACAAGGUUCAGAAGCGAUAAUCAAGAUAAUCUGUAUAAUCAAUUAGCUCGUAUUUCUAAUAUGUAUAUCUGUCUUUAUUUCAGCUGGCCUUGAAUUACAUAAAAAAUUUCUUACUAAAA